AGUGAGUCCAUAGUUGCGGGCAGGUGGAGUCCGUGGUUGGUCGGGGCAUAUGACAUACCGAGCGAGACAUUACUAAUGGGUGAGUUUAGUUUAAGUGGCAACGCGAGCAUCGGUUUGAGUGGCGUCGAGAUCUCAGUGAACAACGCGGGGAAUUCUAAGGCCACCGCAAAUACCAUAUUUUACACCACACCUACGUCGGAGGCGGCGAGUAUACAUCAGGCGCAGCCUCGGCCGGCGAUGCAAGAUGAACUCUCCGAGAAGGCGGCUAUCUCCAGCAGUACCCAGGGCGGAGAUGAAUUGGGUGUGACCGCGAUCUCAUCAAUCUCGGCGAUCACCGCGAGCUCUGCUCCCGACAAGCCUAAGGAUUGCGACUCCAACUCAAACGUAGACUUGACGGACAAGUUGCCCGAACACGUGACGCCGCAAGCCACCAAACAAGCCCCUGCGGUUCUCGGGAGGGAGCCGUUGUUCCACCCUGCCGAUGCCAAUCCUUCGACCCCGACGCCGACACCGACGCCCGGUCCUGGUCCGGGCCAGUUAUGGUCAACGGGCGUCGAGGACGGCUACGUCCACAACCUAAACGUAAACGGCGGUCUAGGCUUCCAGAAUUACUCCUCCCAGCAGCCCCAGCUCUUUGGGAACCAAAACCAGGGCAGGAGGGCGAUUACUGCGGCCCACAACUUCCCGCAUAACGUCGUCCGACAACAAUCUAGUCAUCCGUUGUUCAAGAGUUACGGCUCUUGGACGAAUCCCGGCCAGGGAAGCUGGUCGGGGGGUUCCGCUUGGAACCGGGGCAGGAGCGUGCCGAAUUUGACCCCGCUGCAACAGAUCGGCGUAGGGAAUCGAAAACCGAGCCCUACAUUCAAUCAUCAACAGCCGCAGGCCAUCUCCCCGGUCAAGUUCCGCCGGUCGACCUCUUAUCCCGGCAAAGGCCACUUCCAGCAACCUCCCACCUUCGAAAUAACCGCCACGGACGAACCCCGGGAACUCCUGUCCUACCAGGAUCGAUGUGGAGUAAAUGCAAACGGUAGCAGCCCAUUGGAUACAAUGCGCGGGUUGGAGCAUUAUUUGAACGAUUUCAUGCGUCAACCAACCGACACGUCGGACUUAAAAGGUUUAAUGAAUUGCAAUACCAACGCAUAUCCGUCGCUUACACACUCCCUACAUGGAAAGUCGCCAUAUUUUGGUGGUUUGGACGAACAGGCUGGUCCUGUUUUGUUAGAAGAACCAGGUCAUUUGGUGGAUUCAUCAUUGGGUGGUGGUCAGCCGUUGAGCUCCCCAUCGAGGUCUUCGCCCCAUUCGCAGGGUUCGGAGGGUGGCGAAAGAUUCUCGAGGAAAGUUUUCGUCGGCGGAUUACCUCCCGAUAUCGACGAGGAUGAAAUAACGAACAGUUUCCGACGUUUUGGACCGUUGGUCGUCGAUUGGCCCCAUAAAGCUGAAAGCAAAUCUUAUUUUCCACCGAAAGGAUAUGCAUUCUUAUUAUUUCAGGAUGAGAAUUCUGUUCAAAGUUUGAUUGACGCUUGUAUUACGGAUGAAGAUAAAUUAUAUUUAUGCGUAUCUUCUCCAACUAUCAAAGAUAAACCAGUGCAGAUUCGGCCGUGGAGACUCUCGGAUGCUGAUUUCGUGUUGGACGCGUCGAUGCCGUUGGAUCCACGAAAAACGGUUUUCGUUGGAGGCGUUCCACGUCCGUUGAAAGCGGUGGAGUUGGCUAUGAUUAUGGAUAGGCUUUACGGAGGGGUGUGCUACGCGGGCAUAGACACCGAUCCGGAGUUGAAGUAUCCAAAAGGGGCCGGCCGGGUUGCUUUCAGCAAUCAGCAAAGUUACAUAGCCGCCAUUAGCGCUCGUUUCGUUCAGUUGCAACAUGGUGACAUCGAUAAGCGCGUUGAGGUUAAACCGUAUGUUUUGGAUGACCAAAUGUGCGAUGAGUGUCAGGGGCAACGAUGUGGUGGAAAGUUUGCACCUUUCUUUUGCGCCAACGUUACUUGUUUACAGUAUUAUUGUGAGCAUUGUUGGGCAACGAUACAUUCGAGACCUGGUAGAGAAUUUCAUAAGCCGCUGGUGAAGGAGGGUGCCGAUAGGCCAAGAGCGGUGCCGUUCCGUUGGUGUUAACGUAGGGGCGAGAAUCGCGGUGCGGACUCCGUUCCAUUGGAAUGGGAGGACCCGUGGAGACGCGUAGGCAUAAUUACAAUUAUCUAGUAGCAAUUAUACAUAUUUAAAAGUAUAUUUGAAUACGAUAUGUGUAAUCAAAUUCUCUUUUCUCGCGACCGCGAGUGGUCGAAGGCGAGCUACGGCGCCGAUAGCGAUAGCGAAGACCACAAGCUUCGUUGACAUAGUCAGGCCACUCCUCAAAAACAAAAAAAAUUAAAAUAAAUAACACCCUAAAUUUGUACCGAGCAAUUCUAUUGUAUUUUUGGUUAGAGAAUCGAUCGAGGACGUGUAAUUGAACACUAACAAUAUAAGCUGGGGCUUUUAUAGAGAAUUUUUUGCGUUUUUUCAAACACAGGAAUAAUUUAAAUAAUUUUUUUAAAUAUAAAAAAUCACUUCAGUUUCCUGUGUAACACAUUCUUAAAAUAGCUCAGCCUAAAUAUAGCCAGAACACGCUCGCGGCGACCUGAAAAAAAUCUGGUCGCCAUCUCGCGAACGUUAUACAGCCAGUAUAUACAGUGAUGGAAAUAAGUAUUCGAACGGUUUCGAUACGAAAUAGUUUUUGAUGCAAAAAAA